AAUGUUUAACAAAACUUUUGUUACAAAAGUCAUUUGCCAUCACGCUCCGGUCCGAUACGGUGAAACAUGCUAAGGUUUUGGCAUUUUCUUCCCUUCUACCUUUCUGCAACAUUAGGAUACGGUAUACCUGAUUUACCACCUACUGCAGUUCCUACCAAUCUCGGACCCGUCUUCAGUCAUCAACCUGAAGAUGUUUCUGUGGACCUUGAUAAAGAUGUUCUUUUGCUUUGUCAGGCUGACGGAGAUCCUCAACCGUCAAUUACAUGGGAAAAGUUUGAGAAUGGUUGGAUGUCCUUGAUACCAUCAAAUAGAUCAGAGGUUCUAACGAACGGAAGUUUACAGCUGAAUAAAUUGAAGGAGGAGGAUGAGGCCUACUACCGGUGUUUGGCAGUCACAGAUCAAUUUGAAGUGAAGUCAUCGAUUGCUUUCCUUGAGGUGAAUACUCCUCAGCAGCGAAUGAGGGGUAGACUUGAUCAAGAUCUUUCCAGGGUUACCAGCUUUGUUGAAAUAUGUUCAGAUGAUGCACGUUCCUCUGUCAGAAAGGCUUAUACAAUGACCCACAAGCGAUUAUUUAGUGAUAAGUCCUAUGCCAUGAGUAGAUAUAGAUAUCCUCCACAACAUCUUAGAGGACUAGCUCUAGCAGGGGAAACACAUUAUAGAGCUCUGGAUAUCGUGUAUGCAUCCAAGGAGAGCCGUCAAUAUUCAUUCGAUAAAAUGCUGAAUGAAGAUAAUAUGUAUUCGAUAGAGGAAGAAACUGGGUGUAAAGAUUUUCGACGAUCAAUCAGCUGUGAGGAUGUGUGUUUUAAUAAAAGGUACAGAACUUUUGAUGGGUCCUGUAACAAUUUGAAAAACCCUGUCUGGGGAUCUGCAUCCUUCUUCUACAGGCGCCUCCUUGACCCCCAUUACGCGGAUGGAUAUGGAACCCCUGUUGGAGCCAACCCAUACUUCACAUCAAAUGGUUUUUAUUUACCAAAUGCAAGGACAGUCAGUCACAAACUGCUUUGUUCAACAUCGUUAAAAGAAGACCCUGGGAUGACACUGCUAUUGAUGCAAUGGGGUCAGUUUGUGGAUCAUGACCUGGAUCUGGCAUUGGCAAGUACUAGCAAGGUUUCCUAUUCUACAGGUGAGGCCUGUGAUAAAACCUGUGACUACUCUCCACCCUGUUUUGGAAUUAAAGUAGAUGAUUCUGAUAUUAAAGUAAAGAAUCAGUGUAUUCCUUUUAUUCGUAACAGUGCUGCAUGCAACUCAGAAACUAAAACUGCUUAUCUACACGUGCAUGCUCGGGACCAAAUCAAUUCUCUCAACUCAUUCUUGGAUCUUUCUCAGGUUUAUGGGUCUGAUGAUCAUCUAGCCAAGUUGCUCCAUAACCCUGCGACGGGUCGAAUGAUUGGAGAAACGGAAAAGUGUGAGAAUCCGGAAAUUGGAGAACUCCUUCCUACUCAUAUUGAUCAACUAGAGCAGGAGUGCAUCCGAAGAACCGGAUCAAACCUUGACUGUUUUGUGGCUGGAGACCCCCGAGCCAAUGAGAACCUUGGAUUAAUGGGACUUCACACCCUACUAGUCAGGGAGCAUAACAGAGUGGUGGAAAAACUGCGAAAGCUGAAUCCGAUGUGGGAUGGUGAACGGUUAUACCAGGAAGCUAGAAAAAUUACUGGAGCUAUCUAUCAACGACUUACCUUCUAUAUCUGGUUACCACUGGUCCUAGGCGAAAAGUUUGAUACACUAGUUGGUUGGGAGUAUCGGGGCUAUGAUGAGCAUGCAGAUGCAACAAUAUCGAACGAAUUCGCCACAGCUGCAUUCAGAUUUGGACAUGGAACUGUUAACAGUAAAGUCUUUCUAUAUCACUCAUAUAAUGAUGAACAUCCAGAAAUGUUCUCCUUCAAUGAUGUUACCUUUAACCCUGACAUGCUCUGCUCUAAAGGCCUGGAUUCUAUUACUCGAGGAAUACUGCGAACUCCUGCUAAAAUGCAGAAUAGCGGAGACCCUGUGUCUCAUGUUCUCUGUCGAUCUCUUUUCGAGAUUGAUGACCAUCCCCCGGUAGAUCUUUCUGCUCUGAAUAUCCAGCGUGGUCGGGAUCAUGGACUAGCUCCUUAUAUUCAUUAUGUUCAUUAUUGUGGGAACAAGCAUAUCAAGAGCUUCAGAGAUCUGUUAAAAUUAAUCUCG